UUAGCGGAGCGCGAACUACAACUCCCACAUCUCCCGGCGUUCGCUGACCGGCAGCUGCCAGCGCCUGAUCCAAUGGGGAGUCAGUCAGUCAGUGUACCAGGGCCGGGGGCCUAGCUCGUUACCGGGGCAACCAGACGGCGCAGCCGACAUCGCUUCCUCCUAUUUAUAUAUUUCUUUUCGCCGGGAGGGAUUCAGGCGAGGCCGCGAGUGGUGGAUGGUGCAGCACAUGAGCCGGGAAUGAGACCAAUGCGAAGGUUACUAAUACAAUGACGACUGUGCGGCAGAGAAAGAGGGUCAACGCGUCUGAGCAAAGUCACCACAGAUCGCCUGCGCAAAAGGUCGCAAAGCAGAAUGCAAAAGAUGUUACCGGCCCCAGUGCAUGGAGUCUACUGUGUUACAUUGUAGGAGGGAUAAUCGCUUUGUGUCUUGGGCUACUCACCUCUUACUAUGUGGCCACCCUCCAUGAGAACGAUUUGUGGUUCUCCAAUAUUAAGGAAGUGGAGCGCGAGAUCUCAUUCCGGACUGAGUGCGGUCUGUACUACUCCUACUACAAGCAGAUGCUGCACGCCCCAUCCAUCACGCAAGGUAUCAGUGAUUUAAUCUAUGACAACAAGACAGAAUCCAUGAGGACUAUUAAUAUUCUGGAGCGGAUGAACGUUUACCAGGAGGUUCUCCUUGCGGUGAUCUACAGAACAUUGAACUUCUGGAAUUGCCUGGAACCCGUCUACUUCUACAUCUACACUCUGUUCGGCCUCCAGGCGUUGUACGUAGCCACGCUCUACAUUAACAGCUGGCUGCUGAGCGGGUCCUGGCUGUCUGGAUCCUUAGCCUCUGUAUGGUACAUUGUUAACAGAGUGGAGACGACGCGGGUUGAGUUUACCAUUCCCCUUAGAGAGAACUGGGCGCUGCCAUUUCUAGCCGUGCAGAUAGCGGGAAUUUCCUAUUACCUGAGACCUGAUUUGUCACCUGUAAAGGAGAGACUGUCCCUUCUUGUAGUGUUCAUCGCAACAUUCAUCUUCAGUCUCACCUGGCAGUUCAACCAGUUUAUCUUACUCCUGCAAGGCCUGGUUCUGUUUGCACUGGACUGUCUGGACUUGGUGCCACUUAACAAGGUUAGGAGUCUGUACCUGAUCCAGUGGACAAGCCUGAUCCUGGUGUGUGUUCUGCAGUUCUUUAAUACCAUGAUUGUAGGAUCCCUGAUUCUCAGCUUCAUUCUGGCAGCAGUUAUAGCCCGGACACUGCAGACUAAUUUGAAAAGUGGCAGAUUCCUGAGAAGACUGUUCAACCUCUGUGCUCAUGUACUCCUUGUCCUGUGUCUCACUGGGCUGAUAAAUAAGUGUGCUAAGAAGAUGCUGAAUCUGCAAUCAGAUGAACAUAUAUUUAAAUUCGUACAAGCAAAAAUGGGCUUUAAAACCAGAGAUUUUGAUGCCAAUCUGUACCUCUGUGAGGAGCCUUUCCAGAUGCUGCCGUUUGACACGUUCGAAAGACUCUCAGACACUCUGCUCCUUUACGGUUAUGUUUUUGUUUUCUGCAUCUUAAUCGUUGCAACCGCCAUGACGGCCUUCCACAACCUCAG